UUCCACUGAGAUGAGAUGACUGUUGAUGAGACGCGAACUUGGCAAGCAUCUCGCCUCUAGUUUUUAUGAAUAUAUUUCUCUUCGGUUUCAUUUGUUCUACUACUGUGAUAUAUAUAAAGGACUUAGCCGGUGAAUGUUUGAUUAGUGGAAUUAUACUAGCUGUGCUUAUUCGAAAUACCUCACCAAUUAUUAUUCAAUCACACAUCUACGUCUUGGAGUUCGAGCUGUUGCUUUCAGUUAUCGCAGCCGAGCGUCUGGGGGAGAAACGAUGGCAGAGACCGUAGUCAGUCGAGGACUGGACACGACAGAUGGGGAUUUGGAUACAUCGGAUGCAUACGACAGUAUACGUGAGAUUGAUACGAGCAAGAAAGAGGUCACCUUAGGUCAUGAGAUCGGAGCUGGAGCACCAUGCCUCAAGUGUGGAGAUGCCUGUACAGGACUUGACCUUCACUUCUGGAGGAAAAUUUGCAAAGUAUGCAAGUGCGGGCCAGAGGACCACAGGAUCAUUGGCCAGGACAGAGAGCAGUUCCGCAAGAUCGGACGUCUCUUUGACGAAGUACACACGGUUCGUUACAGCCUCAACACCAUGACGGUCAGUCGUACUCAGUUCCUGAAUGCACCGGAAAAAGUAGAAGAAGAAAAGAUCAACAACGACAUUGCGAAGAAAGAUGAAAGCAAACCCAAUGGAGAUGGAGAUGCACGGAUCACCUUUGAAUGGGUGCCCGAUGGUGCCACUGUGGAAACGGCUACCCGCUACAUGGAGAUGCUUCCCAUGGAGAGCCAGCCCAUCGAGGGGACCCAAGGAGCCGACUUACGCAAGAAGCAGAUGCACGUUCAGCUACCAGCCCAUGACCAGGCCCCUGAGCUCUGCCAGAACCUGAGUGAUAAGGAGGUCAAAGACAUGGAGGACUUCGUCAAGGAGUACAAGGAGCAUGCCGUGGGCAUCGGGAUGGUGCAACCGGUCCAGGUCAAGGCCGCGGGAAGCUCCUUCCAGCUAGCCGCUGCUCCCCCUGUGCCACCCAAGCCAAACAAGAAGGGUGUUCAUCCAGGAGCCCCUGAUGAUGAUGUUGGUGCAGGGGAUUCCCCCGCCCCUAAUGGCUACGGCACCUCAUCCCCAGCCAAGCAGGGAUCACCAGCCAAGGGAUCCCCAGCCCAUGUCGCUGCUACCGAUGCCUCCGUGGGAACAGACCAGGAGUACUGGCCCCCACCACCACCUGUAAUCAAUGGAGAUGGACCACAGAUGACAAGCGAGGGAGUGGUAACAGACCUUCCACCCUCCCCGACCACCUCCACCGCUUCGGCUUCAUCCACAUCCAGCUCAAAAUGGCAAUGCGUGAAGUGCGGGGAGAACAUGAGCGGUGGCGACGUGGCCGUCUUCGCUGAGAGGGCCGGAGUGGAUAAAUGCUGGCAUCCAGGCUGCUUCCGAUGCACAACAUGCAAUGAACUGCUGGUGGACCUCAUCUAUUUCUUCAAGGGGGAUCAUAUCUACUGUGGCAGGCAUUAUGCAGAUACACUCAAGCCUAGGUGUGCUGCUUGUGAUGAGCUCAUCUUUGCAUUGUCCUACACCCAAGCUGAGGAUGGUAACUGGCACGUCAACCACUUCUGUUGCUAUGAGUGUGACACGCCCCUCGGCGGACAACAGUACGUCGCUAAGAACAGCCAUCCGUACUGCAUGGACUGCCACUCACAGAAGUUUGCUAAGAUGUGCACGAGCUGUGGGAUGAAGAUCGGAGCUGGCGUACCCAGACUGAGCCAUAACGAACACCACUGGCAUGCAGACGAUGACUGCUUCCGCUGCUCUAACUGUAAGACCACCCUGGUUGGCAAAUCAUUCCUCCCUAAAGAGGGCUACAUCUUCUGUUCUACCAAGUGCAAGAAGCAGCUGCUCAGAUAAUCGGUGCUGAGAUAGAUAGCGCCCUCUAGAGUGAGAGAAGAGAUAGCUGGGUAGGUUUGGAGACUGUGCCUGCGUACUCGAUGUGCGAGUUACUCAGAGGAGACGUGAGAUGCAAUUGGACAACAGUUAACAGCAUUGCUAUAACGGACUGUAAAUCUACAUUGUAGACAUGAUACCAGAGAUGGUAUAUAAUAUUAAUGGUAUUAUAAAGGUCUAUUGUGUGGGCAUUAAC